AUGGCUUCUUCUCGGAGCUUUGGGUCGCUGGUUGUCGAUGAUGGGGCUUCUGGCAGCGGCUCUCGAGCUCAGGUGCCUACACAUGAACUCCGCCUUGCCCUUCUGAAACUGAAAGCCGGAUACAUUGUGGACACGGUAGCAAAGACCCUUGCUGGCGGGAACGCGAGCCAACAUGAGAGCCUCCGGAGAAGUCUGGAUGUGAGUGACCUCGAGGAAGACAAGGAGUAUGGCUGGGUGCUCAAGCUCCAUCAAGUCAGAGGGCACGAGUGGGACGAGAUUGUCUGGGACAACAGGAACUGGAAGAUUGGCAUUGCCCCUGAUUGCGAAGUUGUGCUGAUCAGGAACCAGACCAGUGUCAGGUGUGGGAAGCCUUUCGUCCAGCAUGACCGAGACCUUAGGCCUUCCGAGGCUGAGCUGUGCCACUGGCUUGGCGAGCAGCUCAAGAGUGAUGGCUGGUCGGACAGAAUCACUGAGGAGUGUGUACACGGUCCGGAAUGCUUCUUCCUGUCCCUACCCCUUCCGUAUGUCGAGGAGAGAGCUUCAGCACUUAUGGGCCCCGACGCUCACCAGCUUCCGUUCUUGGAGGCAAUGGCCAACGACUUCAGUGGACAGGGCGUGUUGUGGAGCAUGCCAGCCAUCAUGGUCGGCUCAGGCUGGUUUGGGCUCUCGUAUGAGGUCCAGGAUGGGCUGCGGAGCUACGACCCCACUGGGCGCUGGAAAGACAUCAGUGGCAUAUUCAGGUUCCAGGAGUUCCACGACAUCGUCUACCUGCAAGCCGCCGACUACUGGAAGUUCUUUGACGCCUGCCUCUGCAAGACAUCCUUGGACACCGUGGAGGCAAUCCUGACAGCUGCUUGCCAGAUUGGGAAAUCCCUCCUGACAGCAGAGAUCACCUAC